CAUAGUGAAGUGUGUGCAUUGUAUGUGCGCUGUCAUAAAGCAGCCUCCCUCUCUUCUCCUCCUUCUUUCUCAUUCUCUCUCUCACACACACGCAGCCGCUGCUCCUCAAGCUCCAUCUCUCCUUCACUUUGUGCUGCUGUCGGGCCGAACUCAUGGAGGACUAUCACAAACCAGACCAGCAGACGGUGCAGGCGCUCAGGAACAUCGCCAACCGCCUCCGAAUCAACUCCAUCAAAGCCACCACUGCUGUGGGCAACGGGCAUCCGACGUCAUGUUGCAGUGUGGCGGAGAUCAUGUCUGUGCUGUUUUUCCAUACCAUGAAGUACAGGCCGGAUGACCCCAAAAACCCCAAUAAUGACCGCUUCAUCCUGUCCAAGGGUCAUGCAGCUCCUGUGCUCUACUCUGUAUGGGUGGAAAUUGGUUUCCUGAAGGAGUCUGAGCUCCUGAGUAUGUGCCAGGUGGAUUCCACUCUGGAGGGACACCCCACACCCAAGCAGCAGUUUGUGGAUGUGGCCACAGGCUCUCUGGGACAGGGGCUGGGCGUAGCCUGUGGAAUGGCAUAUACGGCCAAAUACUUUGACAAAUCUAGUUACCGUGUGUACUGUCUGCUGGGCGAUGGAGAGAUGUCUGAGGGCGCCGUAUGGGAGGCCAUGGCCUUCGCCUCCUACUACCAACUGGAUAAUCUGAUGGCCAUACUGGACAUCAACCGGCUGGGCCAGAGUGACCCAGCACCACUGCAGCACCAUGUGGAGAAGUACCAGAGACGCUGUGAGGCCUUCGGGUGGCAUGCCAUCAUUGUGGACGGCCACAGUGUGGAGGAGCUGUGUAAAGCCAUGAGCCAACCUCGCCACCAGCCCACCGCUAUCAUCGCCAAGACCAUCAAGGGCAAAGGCAUUCCUGUGGCAGAAGAUAAGAUGGGAUGGCAUGGCAAGGUGCUGUCAAAGGACAUGGCGGAGAACGUGAUGAGAGACAUUCAGAGCCGCAUAAUGAACAGUAACAAGCGCAUGUACCCGGCUUCACCCGUCGAGGACGCUCCACCCGUGAGUCUGCGCAACAUCCGCAUGCCCAGCGCCCCCAGCUACAAACCUGGAGAGAAGGUCGCCACAUGUAAGGGGUAUGGGAUGGCUGUGGCCAAACUGGGGCGUUACAACGAACGAGUUGUGGCGAUGGAUGUCGACACCAAAAACUUCACCUUCUCUGAAAUCUUUAAAAAUGAGCAUCCCAACCGCUUUAUUGAGUGCUACAGCGCAGAGCAGAACAUGGUUAGUGUUGCCACAGGCUGUGCUGCACGUGAGCGAAACAUUGUGUUCGCCAGUGGCCUCGCCACCUUUUUCACCCGCGCCUAUGACCAGGUCCGCAUGGCUGCCAUCUCAGACAGCAACAUUAACCUCUGCGGCUCCCACUGCGGCCUGUCUGUUGGAGAGGACGGACCGGCUCACAUGGGGCUGGAGGACAUGGCUAUUUUUAGAGCCAUCCCCACUGCCACCAUUUUCUACCCGAGUGAUGCCGUGUCUGCUGAAAAGGCUGUGGAGCUCGCAGCCAACACAAAGGGUGUUUGCUACAUCCGCACCACUCGUCCAGAGACUGCAAUCAUUUACAACAGCAAUGAGGACUUCCAUGUUGGCCAAGCCAAGGUGGUGUGCCAGAGUAAAGAAGAUCAGGUUACAGUGAUCGCAGCAGGAAUGACCCUCCAUGAAGCUCUGGCCGCAGCCGAGCAACUUAAAAAAGAGAGGAUUUACAUCAGAGUGAUCGAUCCUUUCACAAUCAAACCCCUGGACAAUAAAACCAUCGUGGAUCAUGUGCGUGCCACCAGGGGUCGUGUCAUCACGGUUGAGGAUCACUAUUAUGAAGGUGGCCUAGGGGAAGCGGUGUGCUCCGCUAUUGUCAAUGAGCCUGGCUUCACUUUCCAGCGUCUGGCAGUCGCUCAAGUUCCCCGAAGCGGCAAAAUGAACGACCUGCUGAAAAUCUACGGCAUUGACCGCGACUCCAUCACUCAGAUGGUGCGGAAGAUGCUCAGCUCCUCGGCCAAUGCCAAGUGAUCCUGCUCGCUCUGCCCCGCCCACUUCAACCUCAACCAAUCAGAUAACACUGUGUCACAUGACUCCCGUUCUUCAGAUUGUGGCCCCUCCCUUCACCUCAUUCACUGUCAGUCACCCUAACGUGAGUAUAAUAGUAAUGUGAGAAACGUGCUGUACAUUUUAAAGUAAUGUUCACUUUUUGUUUUGGGUUUUCAUUACAAGUGUGCUACAGGUUAAACGUUUUGGGUAACAUUCAUUUUUUUUCUGUUAUAUAAAAUAAAUCAAAGGGAUAGUUCACCUAAAACUGAACCUCUACUUGUUUUAGGGUUUUCUUCUAUUGCACAUAUAUUUUGAAUAAUUUUGGAAACUGGUUUCUAAUGACUUUCUUUUUUAUUUCCUACUAUGGAU